AUGCACACUCCAGCCUCCAUGGUGACGGGGAUUGUCUUUGCCCCUUUGGGAUUGGUCCUGGUCUUCACUGCCGCCAUCACACCUCAGUGGAGAGAGGGACAGGCACGUCUGGGCGUGGCAGCCUCGGGGUCACUUCUUCGAUCAGGAGGAAAAGGUCAGGGGAUGGGGGUCAGGUCUGGGUCGGUCGAGGCACUGGUCUUACUGCGCUCUGAUGGACUUUGGGAGAGCUGCCUGCAGGUGGAGAACUCAGAGCUGAAGCAGUGCUGGCCUGUGGUCGGUCUAUAUCGGAGAGACCCGAGGCUUCGCCUGACACAAGGUUUGAUCCUCACCUCGUUGUUCCUGUGCGGCACUGGCAUUGUACUGGCGUGUAUCCGGGUCCGAUGUUGGACAGAUAUACCUCUGAGAGGUGUAGCAGCUACAGGUGGACUCCUGGUGGUGACGGCCGGGCUGCUGAGCCUGACUGCACUCGGGGUGUACACCCACAACCUUGCACGACUGGGGAUGCCAGAUUCAAGCAAGGUGGUAAAUAACCCCAGGGUCCACCACCUCAGCUUGCAUCCAGCCGGCUCGCUCUACUUUGGGUGGCUGGGUUCAUGUUUACAGAUGCUGGGAGGCAGUGCUCUGCUGUUCAGCUUCAAACGACCAAGAUACGCGACUUGCCCUUCCUGCCCAAAGCUACCUGUCUGCCCUGCAUGUCGUUCAUGUCCCGAGAUCACCAACCAGCCAGACACCGAUGUAUAUGAAGUCAGCUGUUAG